AUGGCCUCUAAACAGCUAUAUGAGGACUUCUACUAUCUCUUAGAGUCCCCAGAACACCAAGAACUCUCUGCUCCUGAGAUUGGUAAUUCCCCGCGCGACCCUGACUCUUCUCCGCCGCUCAGGGAUGCACCAGGCAAGGAAGCGACUGGCCCGAGGUUGCAGGACGACGACCAGAGUUCCCAAAUUUGCAUUGAUUUAUUUACCAAAUUCAACAUCGAUCCAUAUCCCAUGGGCUCUAUCCCUGGAUUGGAUUAUAGCACCGCUCACCUUUUGGUGCGGUCUGAAUUGGAACAGAUUCUCUUCAGCGACGAAUUACCUAGGCGCACCAAACAUGAACUCGAAGACCGCCUUAGCUAUUACAUGCGUUGCGGAGGAGCUUUCGGCUCAAGAAUGUCUCGUGAAGAGGCUGUAGCCACUCAGGACACGCUACUUCUCAAGGGCAGCGUAACAUUCGCGGACCUCCCGAAGAUAUUCUUGAUAGGUGACAUCGUUUACACGGCUGAUCCGACUCCUCUCAAGGAUACUCUCUUUGAGCAAUGUUGGGUGGCCGUGGACUGUGAGCUUGUUACAGCAAACAUACAAAAAGACUUUCUCGUAAGCGUUAAGAAAUGGGGGUUCGAUGCCAAGAGCGACAACGGCUGGUAUCUAGAAUCUGCCGAAGUCAUGAUCUACGGGUACAAAGGCGAAAAGAGCAUCCAAUUGGCUGACAUUGGGGUUGUCCCGUUGAAGAGCCUUCCUGCCGAAGAGCAGCGGACGCUUUCAGACAGAAUGAUUGCGCGAGGGAGACUGUACCUCGAGAUGUCGCAAAUCAAGAUUGGAUUUUUUUAA